AUGGCAGUCGCUAACGGCCCCAGAACCGCAGCUGCCCUCUGCAACACCGCCUCUCUGUCAGCCGUGCGCAACCUCGACCUUCACUCUUAUGGCCCUAUGGCAGUAAUGACAUCACCUGCAUUGGACAAAUCCCCCUCAGAGCUGAAGGCGAGCGCUAUUGCGCCGGCGGACGGCAUGGCCAUGGACAUUGAGACAAACGGCAAUCAUGACAUGCUGUUUGAUGAUCCCAUUACCAGCACCGACGCGACCGAGGAUCCUGCGCAAACCAAAGCCGCUGUAAACGGUGACCACACGACUUCGGACACGUCAGCAUCUGCACCAGCAGUCGAACCCGCCUUCCAGCCAACUACAAACGUCUCCAGCGGUAUCGACGGCAUCGCGCAAUUCCUGCCUGAUAGCCAGCCAGACAACAACUCGUUGUUUGGCGAGGAUUCCGAUAUGGGCGCAACUUCUUUGGGACAGGCCGUGGAGGCUCCAACUUCAGAUUUGCGCGAGGAGCCUGCAACUGCUGAGGAGCUGACCGCCGCUAAGGAUGCAUCGGCUGAGAGUACGCAACAAGUACCAGAGACACAACUUCCCGCGAAGCAGGAAUCAUCCCCGGAAGCAAUGGACGUUUCCGUAGACGCAUCUCAAGACUCAAAACCACCUGAGUCGUCCGGGCCGCCUACCAAGCCGAUGCACGACCUCUCGAUCCAAACAAACUCCGAUGCCGCAGCCCAUCAACCUACUCCUACUCAGUCACCGGCGCUUGUUGAUCGCGAUAUGGAGGAUGCCCCGCCGUCUGGAAAAGUGCGCCCGCGUGAAGAUGACGAGUAUGAUGUACCGGAGGCGAAGCGGACCAAGACCGAGGACGAAUCCACUAGUCAGGUGGAUUUCAAGGUUCCAGAUGUUCCGGCUCAAAUCGAGCAGCCAAAUGGCAAUGGUGUGUCUUCGGCGCCCGGUUCGAGCUCGGCUCAAGAGCCUUCGGGCGUGCACAACGCUGUCGACUUCGAGGAAUGGCCUACUACUCCCAUGACAAGUGCGCAGAACAAGUUCUUACUGGAGAGGAUAAGGAACACCAAGAAGAUCAAAGUCUCUCUUGCGUUCAAAGACCCUGUGGAUCACAUUGCGCUCAACAUUCCCACCUACCCUGAGCUCGUGAAGAAGCCAAUGGACUUGUCUACAAUGGAAAACAAACUGAAAGAGAACAAGUACACCUACGUCAGAGAGUUCAUGGCAGACUUGGACCAGAUGAUCGAAAACAGCGAGUUGUUCAACAACAAGCAGCACCCGGUCACUCAGGCAGGCUACAAUCUGCGUGCUUACUUCUUGAAGGGUAUGGGCAAGAUGCCACGAGGCAGCAGUGCUGAGGAGCCACCCAAACAGGUGAAGGCGAAAAAGCCUACGGUCAACACAGCCAACAAGGCUCGUCGCGAGUCUAGGGUCGCACCACCUACCGUAAAGUCUCCCGCUGCUACAACACCUGGAACAGCCACAUCGUCGGGCCCCGCAUGGCCUCUCGUUGAAGGGGUUCCCGUCAUACGUCGCGAUUCAUCAGGUAUGAAUGAUCGACCGAAGCGGGAAAUUCAUAGGCCUUCCAAGGACCUGCCAUAUUCCAGCGCUAAGCCUCGCAAGAAGAAGUAUGCGCAGGAGCUGAAGUUUUGUGAAAGCGUUUUGGCAGAGCUUCUCAAGCCGAAAUACGCUGCCGUCUCGUAUCCUUUCGUAUCUCCUGUAGAUCCCGUGGCUCUUAACAUCCCUUCGUAUCUCAAGAUUAUCAAGAAGCCCAUGGACUUCGGCACGAUUGAGAAGAACUUGAAGGCUGGUAUGUACCAGAGCGCCAAGGACUUCCACGCCGAUGCCCAUUUAGUCUUUCAAAACUGCUACAAGUUCAACCCCGAAGGGGAUGCAGUCAAUAAAAUGGGCCACGAUUUGGAAGACAUCUUCGAGAAGCUGUGGCGGGAGAAGGCAGACUGGCUUGCUGCGCAUGCGCCUGAGGCAUCUCCUGAAAUGUAUACUGACGAGGAUGACGAGGAUGACGAGGAGGAGGAGGAGGAAGUCGAUCCUGCGCAGGCACAGUUCCUCGCUAUCCAGCAGCAGAUUGCGCAACUGAACGAAACUGCUCAAGCUCUCCUACAGCAGCAGAAAGGCAGUAAGCGCGCUUCGCCCAAGGCUUCUUCAAAGAAGAAGAAGAGCAGCUCCAAGCCUUUGCAAAGGAAACAAAGUCUCCCUCUUUCUGUACCGCCUCCUCAGCCAAAGGGAGGGAAGCCCAAGCCAAAGAUCAAGGCCCCGGCGCCUCUGACAUUCAACCAAAAGCAGGAGAUAUCAGAAGGCAUCAGCACGUUGGGUGACGCUGACAUGAGGAAGGCAGUCCAGAUCAUCAGGAAUGGCUGUCCCCACCUCGCAAGCGUGCACGACGAUGAGAUGGAGCUCGAUAUGGACGAGAUUAAUGAUGACACCCUGAGAGAGCUCUUCAAGUUCAUCAAGUCGAUUCGCGGUCCGAAGGGCGGGGUGGUUGCUGAUGAUGACUUCGAGCCUCCACGGCAGAUCACCAAGCAGACGACCAGUAGGCCCAAGAAGAACAAGCCCAUGGGCAAGACGGAGCAAGAGGACAACAUGCGCAAAAUCCAGGAGAAGUUGCAGUCUUUCCAGGGCGGCGCUUCCGGGUCCAGCCAGUCUCCACCUGCAAAUGAUGCUUCUAGCGACGACGAUGAGUCGAGCGGCUCCGAGAGCGAAGAGGAGUAA